AUGACCCUCGCGGCCUACAAGGAGAAGAUGAAGGAGCUCCCGCUGGUGUCCUUGUUCUGCUCCUGUUUCCUGGCAGACCCCCUGAAUAAGUCAUCCUAUAAAUAUGCAGGCUGGUGUGGGAGAGAGUGUAGGAGAAAAGAUGAAAGCCAGCGGAGAGACAGUACUGACUGGAGAGAAAGAAGAGAGCAGGCAGACACGGUGGACCUGAACUGGUGUGUAAUUUCUGACAUGGAAGUCAUCGAGCUGAACAAAUGCACCUCUGGCCAGUCCUUUGAAGUCAUCCUGAAGCCACCCUCCUUUGAUGGGGUGCCCGAGUUCAAUGCCUCCCUCCCCAGGAGGCGAGACCCAUCACUGGAAGAAAUCCAGAAGAAGCUGGAAGCGGCUGAGGAGAGAAGGAAGUACCAGGAAGCUGAGCUCCUGAAGCACCUGGCAGAGAAGCGAGAACAUGAGCGGGAGGUGAUCCAAAAAGCCAUUGAGGAAAACAACAACUUCAUCAAGAUGGCAAAGGAAAAACUGGCUCAGAAGAUGGAGUCCAAUAAGGAGAACCGGGAGGCCCACCUUGCCGCCAUGUUGGAACGGCUGCAAGAGAAGGUAAGUGGCCUUGGAUCAGAGAGGAGACUCUUGGGACCUGUUCUUCCUUCCACGGCAAGUAUAAUGGACACGCAGAUCAUUUCAGGGAGCAAGUAG